AUGGGAAGUGGGGUAGUAACAUGGCUUAAGCAUGAAGGCCUUAUUAAAUACUUUUAUGAUGAAAAAAUGUUGACAUUAGCAUAUAAUGUUAUUAUGGAAUCUUUGAUUACAAUGUUUCUUCGGAAAAGUGAAAAACUUGAAGAAUUAUUAAUCAAUAAUAAAUUUAUUUUUCUGAAAGUAUCGACAAUCUUGAACGCUAUGCCAGGGAUAUCACAAUUAAAAACACUACAUGUUAAUCUUCGUAGCUAUAAAAAUUCCACUAGCACGAACAUAAUAGAAUUAAUGAAUGCAUUAACGUCUAAACUAUGUCCCUAUCUUAAACAACUCAAUAUUAAAUCUUAUUUACCUAGUGAUGAAAGUGAUACACUCGUAAAUAUUAUAAAAUCCAAUGAAAAAUUAGAAAAAAUAGAACUCGGUAGCCCUAUCAUAAGUAGGAGCAUUUAUGUGUAUAAUAUUCCAAAUUACAAAGAUGAAAGAACAAUUAGGGAACUUUUUUGGUACUGUGGAAAAACUGCCGAAUUUGAGCUUUUAAAAAAUGAAUGGGAUGAUAAUCAAACUGCUUACAUAGCAUUUUAUGAAGUAAGAGCCACCUUAUUGAAGAAUACUGAAUAUACUGUCAAAUCUGUUGAAGAAAUAAUUUAUAUUAAAAUUUUUCCAGCAUUAAAAUAUGUUAGGAAUUCCUUAAAAGAAACUUUGUUAGAUUUACUUGCAAUCACUGUCGAGGAAUGA